UAAUAUGGGUCUGCAGCCGGGAAAACGCAAUGCACAAACGAAAAAUGCGCGGAAAGUGAAUUUCACACCAUCAACCAUUCACAAAAAACAACAUCGGAAGUGCGCUAAAAGUGCACUUGAUAUUCAUAAGCAGGUUUCAACUGUAAAUCCGUCCGUAUCGUCACCAACAUGGGAGAGCUUGGUUGAAAGAGUUCGGCAACAAUCACCGAUUGGAAUAUUACGACGAAAAUUUGCUGAACGAGCCAAGAGGUGUGAACUCAGCACAAAAGAUGAUUCAAUUACGGUGUUCAUCGAUGGAGAUCCAACUGAAGAUACCAUCGUCAUUGUUGCUGAUCAAACCGCUGAUCACAGUACACAGUCUGAAUCCAGCAUCCGAGUCAAUGAUUCAUAUUUUCAAAAUUAUGAAAAUGUAAUCAAUACAAUGUACAUGGAGUAUUGCGUUCGGACCAUCGGUAAGAAAUUUUCACGUGACUUCACGAUUUCCGAAUACUUGUCGCAAGAGCAGCAAGACCAGCUCGAGCACCUCGACAAGUCAUCAUCAACGCCAAGUUGCACGUGUUGUCUAUGCAGAUUACACGUCAAAUCCACAGUUUCGCAUGAAUUUUGCAUUAGAAAGCAUCCAAACCAAAAUCCAUGUUCAGGCGAUCAACCAAACAAAACCAAUUUUAUGAUGAAACAUCAGCCGCGAUGCAUAUGCGACGAAUGCAUUGACGCAAUAAUAUUCAACGCGAAAAAGGUAAAGGGAACCCGAAGAUUCACCUGCUGCUUUGAUUCGUGCGAAACCACGGGACUAACGCAAACAGCCCUAAAAAAUCAUUGCUUCCAACAUUUUGGCGUAAAAAAAUUCAUGUGUCCAUUGUGCGAUUUCAGUCACGACCGAAAACCCGAAAUGAAAAGGCAUGAACGUAAACAUUUAAAAGAUUCGUCAUAAGGAACAUGCUUGAAUAGGAAAUAAUUAGUCGUUUUUCUAUCAUUUUGUUUGUAAUUUUAUUUAGAAAAGAACUUAGGGGCAACACGGGCUUUUUUAUCAUGCAAAUAUUAGAUUCUUGCUUAUAAUCGAAUUAUUCCAAACGCGUGGUUCCCCUAAAAAAACAAACCCCGUUGAAAUUAAAUGUGUUAAAUUAAGUUUUCGUGGGACAAAAAAAAUAAAUAUCCAAAUGUUAUCAUAAAAAAUGAAUCCCAUUCAUCAAAUCCAAACGUUCAAUACAAACCGUGUUUCAGAGAACACCCAAGUGUCAGUAUUUAUUUUAUUAAUAAACUCAUAUUUAUGAUGCACUAUGAAAAUGCGACCAAAUUAAAAGAAAUAAAUCAAAAUGUGAUUUACCAACAAAA